GGGUAGAAAUGCUCCUCCAUGAGCACGAAACGCACCAUCUUCACCAUCAGCACCAAGGACACGAGGAUCACCAUAACGAGGAGUUGCUACAACACUUAGAAGACACUCACGGACACGGGCAUGAGGACGACCAUCACGACGACCAUCUCCAUCACAAGCAUCACGACCACCAUGAGCACCAUCACCAUGACCACCACGAUGACCACGACCACCAUGGCGACCACCACCAUGAGGACGACCAUCAUGACCACCAUGACGACCACCAUGAAGACCGUCACCAUGACGACCACCAUGAAGACAAUCACCAUGACCACGAUGACCACGACCAUCAUGACGACCAUCACCAUGACCACGACCACGAUGUCCACGACCAUCAUGAAGAACACCACCAUGAGGACGACCAUCAGCAUGAGGAGCACCAUGAGGACCGACCACCACGACGACCACCGCAUGAGGGCACCAAAGAGGACGACCACCACGACGACCAUCAACACGAAGAACACCAUGAAGACGACCACCACGACGACCACCAGCACGAAGAGCACCAUGAGGAUGACCAUCACGACGACCACCCGCACGAAAAAGCACAUGAGGACGACCACCACGACGACCACCAGCACGAAAACACCAUGAUGACGACCACCACGACGACCACCAGCACGAAAAGCACCAUAAAGGCGACCACCACCACGGGCCAUCAGCAUGAAGAGCAUCAUCACGACCACCACCCCGACCCCCACCAAGAAGACGACCACGAUUCACGGUCUGCACGAAAAAAUGUAAAUGAGAACAGAAUGGCGUAUGUAAUGGAUAACAUGACGGCCAUUUGGAAAGAGAUAGCGGAGAUUCACCAGGAUAUCAACCUCCACCUCCACGGCGGCCACCAGGAACAAAACCACGAUAAGAUCGUAAAGGAGGUAGAAAUGCUCCUCCAUGAGCACGAAACGCACCAUCUUCACCAUCAGCACCAAGGACACGAGGAUCACCAUAACGAGGAGUUGCUACAACACUUAGAAGACACUCACGGACACGGGCAUGAGGACGACCAUCACGACGACCAUCUCCAUCACAAGCAUCACGAUCACCAUGAGCACCAUCACCAUCACCAGCACGAAGAGCACCAUAAGGACAAUCACCACGACGACCACCAGCACGAAGAGCACCAUGAGGACGACCACCACGACGACCACCAGCAUGAGGAGCACCAUGAGGAUGACCACCACCACGACCACCAGCACGAAAAGCCCAUGAGGACGACCACCACGACGUGCACCAGCACGAAAACACCAUGA